AUGCCUGCGUCGUCGCCCACGACUGCCACUGGCCGCGAGUCAACACGGCGGCCCAGCAACACCGGCACAUUCGAGACGCAACGUUCCCAGCGACGGGAGAAGGCGAAGAGCAGCCAGAGCUAUGCAGGACACCAUGGCCGAAGAGGGUCACGGCACGACAGCAAUACUGUCGUGAGCAGUGGUACAGCUGCAGAGGAGGCCGAUGGAGGCGGUGGUGUUGCUGAACGACCACGGCCCAAGGCGCGAACCAACUCUGCACCUGGGCCUCCGCACUUCAACGACAGGGGCCUGAGUAAGGGCAUACAUAUUGGCCAACACGGAGGAAAUGAUGCCCACUCUACCACAUUCCAACAGCUUCCCCAAGCCAGAGGCGGUGCACAGUCUGCUGUCGAAGAAGAGGGCGAGGACGAAGACGAGAUCUCCGGCGUGGUGGGCAAGACCAGAUCGUACCAGCCAUUCUCCAAUCCCGAGCUUGCGCAACCGCUCCCAGAAGUCAACAUCGCCAUUAUUGGCGCCGAAGGUGUUGGCAAAUCCACCUUCAUUCAAAAGGCUCUCGAGCUGCCCGACCUCCCUCCUUCGCAGUCCGCUGAGCGGAAGAUCCCCAUCGACGGCAGCGUCUACCUCGUUCGUUUGCUGGAGCUGCCGAUCGACAGUAUAGAAAUCAACGAUGAUGACACGAUCGACUGGCCAGACACGAUAGAGGAUAAGAAGAUGCCGAGGGUGGAUGGCGCUUUGGCUCUAUACGACGUGAAAGACAAGUCGAGCAUUGAAGAUCUCCCUGAGAUGCUGGAUGCGAUCACGAAGGCCUCAUUACCCACAAUCCUGAUCUCCUGCAAGUGCGAUACACCAUUGGACGAACGCGAAGUCGAUCCAGCCCGAGUAGAAGAAAACGCGAAACGGGCCAUCAAUUCCAUCAGUACUCUUCAGAUAUCCGAGUUCCACCCCGAAACUCACAGACGAGGCAUCUUCAUGCUUUUGAACACUAUCGUUAACACCCAGCCGGAGCAAUAUUUCCGAAGCUCGUCAGCAAAUCGUCGGAGGGCAGCUUCGAACGCACUACGACCGGUAUCACCUCGAAACUCUGGCACACUUGGGCACGCGCGCUCAAGCUCAGACUACACUGGCUCUCUACACAAAGACCCUAGACGAAGUAGGCACGACUCGACCUUGACUACCGGCCACGGCUCUGGAGAUCGGCUGAGAGUACAAGCUACAGAGGAUCAUCCAAUGCAGAGCUCGUUUCUACUGGAAGAGUCUGCCAGCGAACCAUCGCGCGCAUCAUCACAGUCGUCUGCGAGUGUAGAUCCGGCGGCACUGGGCACAACGGCCAUCUCGACUGCUUUCUCAGAGAAUGGUGCGACAUUUGACGAGCUGGUCGACAGGCUGCUGGCUCAGCCAACCUCGAAGACUGACCUGAAGUUUGCCGCUAUAUUCCUUGCCCUGUACAGGAAGUUCGCCGCGCCUGGGAGAUUACUUGAGGCUAUUGUCGAGCGGUUCGAUGCGCUGGAGCAUAACGGGAGUCCACAGAUACUAAAGACUCAGACCCAGCUGCGCUACUUGAGCAUAGUGGAGCAAUGGGCGAAACUGUAUGGUGGUGAUUUCGCCUACCCCCAGACGACCCGCCGUUUACGGACGUUCGUUAUGAAGCUCGCAGAACUUCGCAUCUUCGCGCAAGCUGCGAGGGAAAUCCACAUUGACAUCGAGAACGUACAGGAGGAUGAUGACACAGAUUGGGCGUAUUGCGAUAAGGAUCGAGAGACCUCGGGAGAUCGUACCUCGAUGUCAUCUACGGCCAGCACACUCAUUGACGAUCCAACCUUCUCUGCUGAACGCGACCUAAGCGGAAGCACGAUCAACGAAGAGGAGCCAUACGAUCGUCUGCCCAAAUUUGCCAACCAGGUCAUGGCCAACGUCGAGCUGGCACAAAAGCAGGCGCAACAAUUCCAAAGCGUCCCUCGAAUACUCCUCACGAAGGUUCAAUGGCGAGCACUAAUGGAACAGCCGGACGACGUCAUCGCUCGCGAACUAACAAGAAUGGACUGGAUCAUGUUCUCCUCUAUACGAUCUAGAGAUCUCGUCCGACAUUGCUCUUUGUCCAAAGCCCAGAAAGCAGCGUGCAAGAACCUGGCUCAUGUGGACCGCAUGAUCGAGCACUUCAACCAGCUCGCAAGCUGGGUCGCGAACUACGUUUUGUUCAGAGACAAGCCCAAACACCGAGCCUUGAUGCUUGAGAAGUUCAUGCGCAUCGCUCGCAAAGUCCGCGAGCUCAACAACUACAAUGCCCUCGGCGCCAUAAUCGCAGGCGUCAAGUCGACUUCCGUCCAUCGCCUGACUGCCACUCGAGAGCUCCUCCCUGCAGCUGUUGGUAAAGACUGGAUGAGGCUGGAAGCACUCAUGGCUCCAUCACGGUCACAUUCGGCAUACCGUCUUGCAUGGGAAAACAGUUCGUCCGAGAGGAUCCCGUACCUACCACUCCAUCGAAGGGAUCUCGCGACGGCCGAGGAGGGAAACAAAACUUUCCUUGGCGAUGACAGUGAAGGCCGGAUCAACUGGAAGAAAUUUGAGAUUAUGGGCGAUGUCAUUGUCAGUUUGCAGAAAGCGCAGGGUGUGAGGUACGGCAAUCUUGGAAAUGGACAGGGUGAGCAAAUCAUUAAGGAGUUGGUGAUGGAUGUCAAACUCGUGAAUGACGAAGAUGAUCUUUACGAGCGAAGCAUACAACUCGAGCCUGCAGCCAACAGUGCUAUGGGUCCCGGAGCGAAGUUCAAGGAGUUCUUCAAAAGAUGA